AUGGCCUCCCGCCAGGAUGCCUCCAGGGAUGCAGACAUACAUAGAUUCUGGCAGUGUAUACUUUUGCUAACUGGAGUUAUCACACAGUGCCAGGGAGCUGACAUUCUGUCAGUUAUGUCAGUUCCAAGCAAGAGCCACAUGGUCUUUUUGUCACCACUGCUUCAUGAACUAGCACAGAGAGGACAUAAUUUGACUGUGAUUAGUCCAUUCCCACAGUCUCCCCCGGUCAAGAACAUAAGAGAUAUUAAAUUGAACGUCACAAUGGACAGUUUCCGAAAAGAGAGAAACAUGUCCCUGUUUGAAAUGGGUGAAGUUAACCCAUUUAUUUUACUUCUCUUCUCUAGCACCAUUGGAAGUUCAAUGUGCAAGAAUGCUAUCAGUACACCAGAAGUACAAGAUCUAAUAACAUCCAAUAAUCAGAAGUUCGAUCUCCUCAUAGCUGGAGUUUUCACAGAGUGUUUUCUUGGAUUGGCUCACAAGCAUAAUGCCAGUAUUAUACAACAAAUUCCUAAUACUCUAGCAUUUGUGAUGGGUGAUGCAGUUGGCAAUCCUGCUGCAUAUGCCUACAUUCCUGACAUAAUGCUUGAUAUUCCUGUGAAUAUGAAUUUUUUACAAUGGACAUUAAACAGUGUGUAUGGGCUCCUUGUUGAAUUACUGCGAUUCUUUGUUUAUGUGCCCAAUCAACAAGAAAUUAUGUUGUCAUAUUCUAAGAAUAUUGAUAAUUUACCAUCUGUUGAGAAAUUGUUCAAAAGCAGUUCCCUGGUUCUCAUCAACAACCAUGAAAGCCACUAA